UAUUUUAAUGGGAGUGGCAUCACUAGAUUGAAUUUUCUGAAGCACAGACACCAGAGCAGGAAGCCUAUUCUGUAAAGAGAAGAUAAAGCUGAAGGGAGAGAUUGCUGCUACCAUAAGCAUCAAUGUUAAGACCGACGAGAGCUCAGAACAGCACAGCGUGCGUCCUCAUUUGAUUGGGAGGUCUGUUGGUUAUAAAGACCCAUUAUGCAGUAACCUAAUGAAGUGCACAGCAGCUGUUAGUAGGAGAUGGUCGUCUUCAAUCUAGUUACAUGAAGCCAAGAAAUAUUUAAUUGGUGAGUGAUUUUUUAUUUAUUUUUUACACAUAGUCCCACUUUCUUCAACUGAAAAUAGCACUAAUAAUGUGCUCACUUUGGACUAAAGCUCAACAUAUUUUUACAGUUCAGAGCUCUUGAGACAAUCUUGGUGACAACCCUGGAUUCUGUCCAUGGACAACUGGUCUAUCGCUCCCAUUCUAAGAUGCUUUUGGAUCACUGGUUGUCACCCAUUACUUACAAAAAUUGAAGAUUAAAAAUUGCACUCUACAGCUUUUCCAUUACCAACAAAAAAAGUUUUUGAGUUGAAGACCACCAGAAAAGACCCCCCAUAACAUGUUUUCUGUUUGAUCUGCUGAAUGAGAACUAAAUAAUGAAGAAUCUUUCUGUAGACGAUGAUGCGAGCUCAUCAGACUUCUAUGACGGCAAUCUCUUUCCUCCAUGUACAGAGACCGUAUGUUCCCUUUUCUCCAUCAAAAUUCUCAUCCCUACCACAACCGUCUGCCUGGUUAUAAUGGUUGCUGGAAUCAUUGGAAAUACCAUUACAAUUCUUAUCAUCAAAAAAUACAAAGAAAUGAAGACAACCACCAAUUUCUACUUGUCCAGCAUGGCUGUGUCAGAUAUGAUCAUUUUAUUGUGUAUGCCCUUUGACUUGUACCGUCUUUGGAGGUCUAAGCCUUGGAUCUUUGGGGUUUUUCUUUGUAAAUCUUUGAGCUUGAUUAGUGAAGCUUGUACCUAUUCCACUAUUCUUCAUAUCACAGCUCUGAGCAUUGAAAGAUAUUUAGCCAUCUGCUUCCCUCUGAAAGCCAAAGUCUUUAUUACUAAGAGGAGGGUGAAGAUUGUGAUUGUAUUUUUGUGGGCUGUAGCCCUCCUGUCUGCUUCUCCUCUUUAUAACAUGUUUGAUUAUAUAGAAGUUAAUAAUGACACUGGACCCUUCAACACCAGCUGGCAGUGCCAAUACACAGAGAACGCUUUUAACUCUGGUCACCUUAAGAUCAUGAUGUGGGUGACCACGGUGUACUUUUUCUUACCAAUGUUCUGCCUGACUGUUCUCUAUGGCUUUAUUGGAAAAACAUUGUGGAAAAGCAGAAAUUCCAUUAGAGGUCCUAAUGCUGCAAAUCGGGAAAGAAGUCACCGACAAACAGUCAAGAUUCUAGCGGUGGUCGUGCUGGCUUUCGUCAUCUGUUGGCUGCCUUUUCACAUCGGAAGACUCAUCUUUGUACAUACCACUAACAUGGAGGUGAUGAGGAUUUCCCAGUACUUCAAUAUUGUCGCCAUGCCGCUCUUCUACUUGAAUGCCUCCAUCAAUCCCAUCCUGUACAAUCUUAUCUCCAAGAAAUACAGGACUGCGGCCUACAGGCUUUUGCGACUGGCCAGGCCCGACGAGCGGGCAUACAAUGCCAUCAAGGAUGAAACUGGAGGUCACACAGAGAUCAGCACAUUUACUCACAAUGAGUAUAUUACCCAGAUCUGAUUGGAAGGUGGGACAUUACUGUAGAAGGUCAUUCCAUUGUCUCUAAAAUUCAGGGGAAAAUAAAAUGCCAUGUGUUGUAAAUAUUUCUGGUUCCAGCAGAUGAUGUUAAAGUAGAUGCAAACCCUACAUAAAACGGCAUUUAGUUUGCUAAAUUAUUGUACGUCAUAAACAAUGCCAUUGUUAAAGUAGUUGUAAACUACAGAUAAGAAAUGUGAACACAGCAUAUCCCCCUAUAGCGUGUACUUGUCUCAAUCCAGAGCACUAAGUGCCAUUUCUGUCUGCUGCCUCGUUCCUCUGCUAUAAGCAUGAGUCCCUUUUGACAAGUUUUCCUGACACCAAGAGAAAAAUGGUGACAGGAGAGGGCACAGACUGUGAUUGACAACUUCAGCUU